CAAGCCAAGCAAGAUGUCAAGACAAACCCGCUUUUAAAAUGGCUGCGCUCAUGCGUCAAACGUGUUGGGCCAGGAGUUUGCGUGCUGCCUUGAGUUCACUACCGAAGCAGUCGGAAUCACUCCAAAAGAAAUCCUUAAAUUUUGAGCCUUCCAUAUCGCCGAAAUAUGUAUCUGCUUGUUCCUUGGGUUCGCGUCAGAGCUGCAGAGGGUUGUCGACUUCAGUUUGCCGUUCUUCUGAGGAGGAUAUGCAGAAUGAAGAGGCCGCAGAUGAUACUGAAAAGGCUGGCGCAGAUGCCAAGCUGAACGUAAAAAAAGUGACGAUUCACCCACCUGAAAUAAGCAUCGAGUAUCUAGAAAGCAAAGCCUACAAGGACACCUAUGGUGAUGACCCGGUGUGGACCAUGUACCGAAGAAAUUUCAAGGGCCAAUUUCCACCGGCAAAAACGCGGCGUACAUGCAUAAAAAAGGGCAUGAUCGCCACAGGCAGCCCCUGCCCUAUAUGCAGAGAUGAAUACCUUGUCAUUCACCACACUAACACCAAAUUGCUGACUCAGUUCAUCUCUCCACACACAGGAGAAACCCUGCAACCACAAAAGACAGGUUUGUGCAGAGAGAAACAGUUCCAGCUUGAUCUGGCCAUCCUGAAAGCUAAAGAUUUAGGCUUGAUCAGCUACCAAGUGCCAUUUAGGCAUUAUGACUACAAGGACUACUACCCACAGCUUCGGGAUACCAAGGAAGAAGUUGGGGCCAAUCUGCCAGAGUAAAGGGCACUCUUAGUUUCGCAUAGUUGUAAUAAAGGUCAUACA